AUGAUGAAUAUGACAAAUCUUACGGACAUUGUCGAAGAAGAUUGGAUGGAUCUUUGCGAUGACGGAUCUUUGCUGGAUCAAAACGCUGUGCGAUACCCUCUCAUUUUAAUCUACUUGAUUGUGUUUACUAUAUGCCUUCUUGGAAACUUUUUUACAAUUGUGGUCAUAGUUCUGCAUCCAACGAUGCGAACUGGAACAAACUACUUUCUGGCAAACUUGGCAUUGGCUGAUUUACUGGUCGCAGCAUUCUGUAUUCUUCAAAAUAUGGUACAUGUUGUAGGAUUUGAUCACGGAAAUUGGCCAUUAGGAGAAGCCAUGUGCUACAUGUACGUGUUUAUGCUGCACUUCAUACCAUGCUUAAGCGUCGGCAUUCUUGUUUGUGUAUCGAUUGAAAAAUAUCUGGUUUUUAUGCAUCCGUUUUCAAAAUGGACGCAACAAAUCUUACGCCGUCGUGUACGAUUUAUGAUGACUUUUGCGACUUGGAUUCUCAGCAUUGCAUCCAACAUACCGUAUGCGAUAAAUACCCGCCUCUACCGUUUCGGCGAGAAUGCGGCCGCUUGCGCUCGAACUGAUACUGGGUAUUUCAGCCUACAUGUGUGGGUUACUGUGUCGUUCUUCCUGUGGUAUAUGCUACCAUUGACUGUGCUGGCGUUGAUGUACGCAAAUAUCGGCAUGAUGCUGUGGAGAAGCGGAAGUUGCGUGAUCACCGUAACUAGACCAAGCAGCGAUUCACAAAGCAGUGGCCAUACGGGUCUCACCUACCAGAUGUCGAAUGGGCGUGCGGUGGUUUACAAACAAGAUUCGUUGCUACAAGUUCCCGAGGAUCCACAAGUGGAAAAACGACAACGAGAUUUGACAGAAAGUCGCAGAAAGGUUCCGUAUAUGCCGCCUGCACUACGCUAUUACGAUAGCGCCACACCUGCAUGGGUGGUUCGUCUACUGAUUGUUCUUGUCGCAUCAUUUGCAAUUCUGACGCUUCCACAUCACGCUCGCUUACUCCACACGAUGUGGAGUACGUCCCCACAGUGCAACAAUGAUUGGGCGAUAUUGCUGCAACCACUUAGCUACAUCUCGUUGUUCCUCUCCAGCGCCAUCAAUCCUAUUCUCUAUGCCUUCCUAUCGAAGCGAUUCCGUGAAGCGGCCAGCGAUAUAUUCUACUGCAAAAAAGGUCUCCUAUCAAAUCUCAGCCGGUCACGAUCGAGAACACGAACCAUCGUCUCUGAUUUACCAGAGGAUUCACGAGCUUUGAAUCCAUCGGGCGGCUUUGAGCAUAUCUACUAAAUCACAUCUUCUGUUCAAAAACAGAGUUUUGCAUACGCUAGGGAUCCUUGACUAGGACAAAAAUAUCAGCUUGAGGAUUCGCAAUAGAGAUCUGUGGUUAAAUAUUUUGUUACUAGGAUAGAAAAAUUAUCUAUUUUCACAUAUGCCCGGUGACAUUAGACCUCAUAUUUCAAAAUCUGUUUAUCCGUGAAUUGUACACUUUUAGUUGGAAUGUAAAUGCUUCUCCUCUCUAUAUUUAUUUGUAAUUGGUAGUAGUACUGAUUGCGAUCUACGUGAUUCUUUUCCACGGGUGCAUGUAUUUGCUGUAUAGUGUUAUGAUAAAAUUGUAUGAAUUGC